GUAGUCUCCGUUGACCGGCUCCCAUGGUACCCGGAGAUAGGUAGGAAAAGGGGCCAGUCGACGACAAUGUACACGCUACUGAAGCGUUAUCGAUCUUGACAGUGAAAUGGAGGAGUAUCUGCUACUCCAGAUCACGCCCGCACUGCUUCCCGCGCUCGUGCUAACAGGCAUGCGAGUCAAUGUUUAUUUUAUGCAAGCCCGGGAGCGUGCUGGGGAGGGCUCCGCGCACAGUCUCGCGAGAUACGAGCGCCGAGUGCGUCCUACAGUGCUGGCAUCGAACCACAUCCACCUACCGCGGCAUGUGCUCCGUGGACAAUCCCGGAAGGCUAGAAAUAAAACGGCGAACCAGCGACCAUCACAGAGCAUCACGACUGGGCUCGAGCUCACAUGCUGCCCAUCACUUCCUAAAGAACGCUGACAGACCCAAAAGUCCCCUAUCAGGGCCCUUCUGAAGGCGCUGUGGCUACGCCCUCGCGGCGGCCCUCGCACUGUCCUCGCCAACCACCGCCGCCCAUCCCGCUAGUGUUUCAGGGGCUCUAAACGGAACCUUGAACAGGACCCCAAGCCAAAGUCCAUCCGCCAAGUUAGUGCGAGCCUCACGUCCGUCCCGACCAGCCAAAGCACGUCCUACGACCGGCUUCUUCGACCUCUUCCGCUGUUCCCUUCUCCAGGGCGAAUCCGCGCGCGCUCUCUUCUUCUGUUUAAGGCGCCU